AUGGAUGACGUCAGCUGUGACGCAGACAGUCCUCCCGACAGCCCGCCCUUCCGCCCGCCUCCCUCCGCCGCCGCGCUGGCGGACGACGACGAGGGGGAAACGCUGCUGGGGGUGCGCGCCGCCUUCCCCGCGUCGUUCGGCCGCCAGGAGCAGCGCGUCACGCCGCUCGAGGCCGUGCACGCGCAGACGGCGCGCGCACACGCGGAGCGCGCCGGGGUAAAGGGGAAGAAGAAGGCUGCGGGGAUGAAGUUCAGCAUUGGGCCGAGCCUAGCGAAGAGGUUAGGCGACGGGGCCAAGGCAGGGCUGGCGGGAACAGCAGCGGUGGGAGCAGCGGCGGUAGGAGCAGCGGGCACUGGAGGUUUGGUGGAAAGGGGAGGGGCAGGCGGAGGAGCAGAGCGUGUGGGCGGAGAUGAAGCGACGGGGGGCAGCUUGAGGGAGACAGGUGGUGCGCCCUGGGGCUCUGCGGGUGGGGCACACCGGGAGGCGGGUGGGGCGCGAGCGGUGAGGGAUGGAGGUGCAGCAGAUGGGCGGGGAGCAGCGGUGGUGCAGGGCGAGGGCGAGGGGGAUGCGGUGAUCGGCCCUCCGCGCCCGCCGGGCCGCUUGGAGGACGGUGGUGGCGGCCUUGUUGGGCCUCCUGCCCCUGCUGCUCGCAGCAGACAGCAGCACGGUGGGCGGAAGAAGAGCCGCGCGGCAGGGCGGCAGGACGAGCAGAGGAGCGAUGGGAGUGAGGAGGAUGACGAAGAGGAGGGCGCAGAGGCAGGGGAGGAGGAAGAUGACGAGUUUGGAGUGCCGUUGAGCAACGAGAUUGUGCUGGGGGGACACACCAAGGCAGUGGCGGCGCUGGCGGUGGAUCCAACGGGCACGCGCGUGAUAAGCGGCAGCUACGACUACUCGCUGCGCUUCUACGACUUCCACGGCAUGGACUCGCGCCUCCAAGCCUUUCGCCACCUCGUGCCCUUUGACGGCCACCAAGUGCGCGCCGUGUCCUUCAGCCCCUCCGCUGACCUCUUCAUCACCGCCACCGGCAACGCCCAGGCUAAGGUGUACGACAGGGACGGGCGCAGCAAGGGCGAGUUCGUGCGGGGGGACAUGUACAUCCGCGACCUGCGCAACACCAAGGGGCACAUCGCAGGGCUCACCACGGCGCAGUGGCACCCCUGCGAGCGCCACACGGCGCUCACCGCGUCCGAUGACGGCUCGCUGCGCAUCUGGGAUGUGCGAGACUUCAAGUCGCAGACGAAGGUGGUGAAGCCGAAGCUGGCGCGGCCGGGGAGGGUGCCGGUGACAGCGGCGGAGUGGGGGCCUGAUGGCCGCCUCGUGGCUGCUGGCCUCAACGAUGGCUCGCUGCAGGUGUGGAAUGUGAAGUCAGGGUGGGGAUCGCUGCCGGACCUGCUGUGUACCGAUGCACAUGAGAGGGGCGACGACAUCACGGGCGUCUCCUUCUGCUCCGAUGCCUCCCUGCUCGUCUCUCGCUCCAUGGAUGGUACCAUGAAGGUGUGGGACGUGCGCAAGUUCAAGCAGCCCGUGAAGGUGUUCUUGGACCUGCCGAACCACUACCAGCAGACCAACGUGGCGUGGAGCCCCGACGAGCGCCUCUUCUUCACCGCCACCUCCGCUGAGAAAGGCGGCCGCGGCGGGCAGCUGCAUUUCUACUCCAAGGAGUCGCUGGACAUCGUGCGCGUCACGGGCGUGUCGCCCGACCAGAGUGUUGUGCGCGUGCUGUGGCACGCACGCCUCAACCAGAUAUUCGCCACAUGUGGCGACAAGAAGGCGGGCGGCACGCACAUCCUGUACGACCCCACGCUCAGCGAGCGCGGCGCGCUAGUGUGCGUGGCGCGGGCCCCCCGCGCGCCGCGCCCCGAGGACCUGUGUGCGCGCGUGGCAGCGCCCGCCAUCCGCAACCCGCACGCGCUGCCCAUGUUUCGCGACGAGCCGAGCCGCAAGCGGCAGCGCGAGAAGGCGCGCAAAGACCCCGUGGCGAGCCAGCGGCCCGACCUGCCCAUGGAGGGGCCGGGGCACGGCGGGCGCGUGGGGCAGACCAAGGGCACCCUGCUCACCCAGUACCUGCUCCGAGAGGGCGGGCUGUUGAAGGAGACGUGGAUGGAGGAGGACCCGCGCGAGGCCAUUCUCAAGUACGCGGACGCGGCGGCUAAGGACCCGCAGAUCAUUGCCCCUGCAUAUGCUGCCACGCAGCCCACCACGCUGUUCCACGAGUCCGAUGACGAGGACCAGGACUAG